AUGUACAAAAAGGCGCUACAAGCUUUGCAACGGUCCAAAAGGACGGAAAAAGAAAAACAAACCACGCACCCAUACUGGUGGAGUAGAGAUGUGGAAGUCGCUAGAGGAAAUUAUCUGAGAGCACGCAGGAACUAUACGAGAAUGGGAAGAAGAAAUCAUGGAAACAGGAACUCAGAAUGUGAAGAAAUGAGAAAACUCGGUAAUGAACUAAAAAAGAUAAUUAACAGAGAGAAGAGAGAAAAAUGGAAAGAUCUCCUUAGGAAACUUGACUUGGACAUAUGGGGCGACGCGUAUAAAAUCACAACAAACCAUAUGAAGUUUCGAAGCCUUCCCUACAAACUUUCGGCCUCGAGAAGAAGGCAAAUACUACGCGACCUGUUCCCAUUAGGGGGAAAACCAAUAAAACGCACAGGUGGCCCUCGAACGUUCUUUGAACCCCUCCAGAUGGAGGAACUGAAGACCGCAGUUGAAUCCAUGAAGGCAGGUAGGGCACCAGGUCCCGAUGGUAUGACAGCAGAAAACCUGAAAAUAGUGUGUGAAAUAGUGCCGGAACAGCUACUAGACAUGUUCAACAAGCUGAUCGAGGAAAGAAUCUUUCCAAGUGUUGGAAGGAAGCAAAGACUGGAUAUAGAACUGAUGGAAAACAGAGCGAUCUCACCGAAUCAACACGGCUUUGUGAAGAAACGAUCUACGUUGACUGCAAUGCUUAGAGUUCAGGACAUAGUGAGGAAAACAAACAGUAAGUGGAUGGUCGCUGUCACAAUAGAUGUCAAGAAUGCAUUCAACACAGUCCGAUGGCAUCACAUUGUUGAUAAACUGAAAGAGAUUGGAUGCUCGGAAUACCUAGUGGAGACGAUAGAAGACUACUUCCGAGAUAGGUGGGUGAGGGUAGCUCCGUGA